GCCACAUCCGCCACUGGAGGGAUCAAAUCUGUGCCAUCUGAUGCUCAAGGAUUUAUAGGUUUAGUCAAAAUUGCUUUUCCCACUGUGGAGAUUAAGCACCGUGGGAUGUUUGUUGGUCAGGCCAGAGCUGCUGCUUCUUCCCCGGCCCCGAUGCUGUUCUGCUGAAGACAAUGUCUCAGGACCCACGAGGUGUUAGCCCUGGUAGGGUGUGGAAUUUGACUGGAGUUUGAGUGGUCUACAGGGGUAUGUGCACCAUGCAGGUGGAUACUGUGUUGGUGCUGUUCUGCGUCUGCCUCAUGGGGGUUGCUGGGAGAUCAGCUCAUCAAAGAGGUGACAAGCUGGAGACCUACAAACAAAGCAGAUCCAGGAGAGAAACAUCAAGAAUGGAUGAUGGAGGAGCUCACAGCAAGACCGCAAGCCCAAUCCUGAAACGAGGUCCAGACAUGACAAAAUCUCCCAUGACAAAAUCUGAGCAGCUCUUAAGAAUAGAUGACCAUGACUUUACCAUGAGACCAGCAUUUGGAGGACCCCCUAUUCCAGUUGGGGUAGAUGUUCAGGUUGAAAGUCUGGACACAAUAUCUGAAGUGGAUAUGGACUUCACCAUGACCCUGUACCUGAGGCACUACUGGAAGGACGAGCGCCUGUCCUUCACCAGUACCAAUAACCAGAGCAUGACCUUUGACAGCAGGCUGGCCAAGAAGAUCUGGGUUCCUGACAUGUUCUUCGUCCACUCCAAGAGGUCCUUCAUCCAUGACACCACCACGGACAACGUCAUGCUGAGGGUGUACCCUGACGGCAACGUGCUUUACAGUCUGAGAGUCACGGUCACGGCCAUGUGCAACAUGGACCUGAGUCGCUUCCCUCUAGACACACAGACCUGCUCGCUGGAAAUAGAGAGCUAUGCUUACACGGACGAUGAUCUCAUGCUGUACUGGAAGAAAGGCAACGAAUCACUGAACACAGACGAGAGGAUAUCUUUAUCCCAGUUCCUCAUCCAGAAGUUUCACACCACUACAAAGCUGGCCUUCUAUAGCAGUACAGGCUGGUACAACCGUCUGUACAUCCACUUCACCCUGCGACGUCACGUCUUCUUCUUCUUGCUCCAGACCUACUUCCCAGCCACCCUCAUGGUCAUGCUGUCCUGGGUCUCCUUCUGGAUUGACCGCCGGGCCGUCCCCGCUAGGGUCCCUUUGGGUAUCACCACAGUGCUCACCAUGUCCACCAUCAUCACUGGAGUCAACGCCUCCAUGCCCAGAGUGUCCUACAUCAAAGCGGUGGACAUCUACCUGUGGGUCAGUUUCGUGUUUGUCUUCCUCUCGGUCAUAGAGUAUGCAGCGGUCAACUACCUCUCUACCGUGCAGGAAAGGAAAGAGAGGAAACUAAGAGAGAGGUUGCCGUGUACAUGUGGCAUCGGAAACCCUGACGACGCCAUGUGCGACCCCCAGAUCACUGGCUACACCACCAUGGACGUCAACAAUAUAGGGAACUAUGGCACCGCAGGGAACUAUGGAAUGCCAGAGAACGGAGGCAGGCAGGAGAGGAUGUUUGCCCAGGUGGUUCUGGGGGAUCCCCAGCUCACGGGCCAGGUAAAGAGGCCAGGCUAUGUGAACAUUUGGAUAGAUACCCACGCCAUAGACAAGUACUCACGGAUGGUCUUCCCUGGUUCCUACGUCCUGUUCAACAUCAUCUACUGGUCCAUCUACUCCUAACGCCUGGCCAAUGGGGAAGGACCCUACUACCCUAACACAGCCACAUGCUGCAGAUAGAGCACAACAUGUUCAAUUUCAUUAUGCACCAAACGGCACAACACUGACUGAAACAGGGAUCGACUACCUGAACUUGUCCAAUAAGAAACACGAGUUUUCGUUUUUCAGGGCAAAACUUUUGCUACAUUUUGCAACAGUAUGCCCUCAUGAAUAUGAAACAGGACACCACUGUAACUCCAUUAACAGGGAUAGCGGCCACGCAGAGAGAAAACAUAUUAUUGUUUCUCUUUUCAAGACAAAAGACUGAGAUAUGGAUUAUUUAUUGUGAGGUGAACAUUGCCUUCUUGACCCAGCCUCUUAAAUGGACCUAUUCAUGUACAGUACUGUGCAUUUGGAAAGUAUUCAGACGCCUUGACUUUUUCCACAUUUAGUUACAUUACAGCCGUAUUCUAAAAUGGAUUAAAUGUUGUUUUUUUCUCUCAAUCUACACACAAUACCCCAUAAUGACAAAGCAAAAGCUGGUUUGUAGAAAAUGUUGCAAAUUUAAUAAAAAAAUAUGAAAUAUCACAUUCACAUAAGUAUUCAGACUCUUUACUUUCUUGAAGCACUUUUGACAGCGAUUACAGCCUCUAUUUGGGGAGUUUCUCCCAUUCUUCUCUGCAGAUCCUCUCAAGCUCUGUCAGGUUGGAUGGGGAGCGUCACUGCACAGUUAUUUUCAGGUUUCUCCAGAGAUGUUCAAUCGGGUUCAAGUUCAGGCUCUGGCUGGGUCACUCAAGGACAUUCAAAGACUUAUCCUGGAGCCACUCCUGUGUUGUCUUGACUGUGUGCUUGGGAUCAUUGUCCUGUUGCAAGGUGAACCUUCACCCCAUUCUGAAGUCCUGAGCACACUGGAGCAGGUUUUUCCCUCGAUCCUGACAAGUCUCCCAGUACCUGCGGCUGAAAAACACCCACCACCAUGCUUCACAGUAGGGAUGGUGCAAGGUUUCUUCCAGAAGUGAUGCUGGCAUUCAGGCCAAAGAGUUGAAUCUUGGUUUCAUCAGACCAGAGAUUCUUGUUUCUCAUGUUCUGAUAGUACUUUAGUGCCUAUUGGCAAAUUCCAAGUGGGCUGUCAUGUGCCUUUUACUGAGGAGUGGCGUCUGGCCACUCUACCAUAAAGGCCUGAUUGAUGGAGUGCUGCAGAAAUGGUUGUCCUUCUGGAAUGUUCUCCCAUCUCCACAGAGGAACUCUGGAGCUCUGUCAGGGUGACCAUCGAGUUCUUGGUCACCUGCCUGAUCAAGGCCCUUCUCCCCCGAUUGUUUGGCUAGGUGGCCAGCUCUAGGAAGUCUUGGUGGUUCGUAACUUCUUCCAUUUAAGAAUGAUGGAGGCCACUGUGUUCUUGGGGACCUUCAAUGCUGCAGACAUUUUUUGUUACCCUUCCCUAGAUCUGUGCCUCGACACAAUCCUGUCUUGGAGCUCUACGGACAAUUCCUUCGACCUCAUGGCUUGGUUUUUGCUCUGAAAUGCCUUGUCAACUGUGGGACCUAAUAUAGGCAGGUGUGUGCCUUUCCAAAUCAUGUCCAAUCAAUUGAAUUUACCACAGGUGGAGUCCAAUGAAGUUCUAAACACAUCUCAAGGAUCAUCAUGGGAAACAGGACGCACCUGAGCUCAAUUUCGAGUCUCAUAGCAAAGGGUCUGAAUACUUAUGUAAAUAAGUUAUUUCAGUUUUUUUAUUUUUUAUAAAGUUGAAGAAAAAAGUUUAAUAACCUGUUUUCGCUUUG